AAGACUAUGUCGCUCUGUCUUACACCUGGGGCAACUCUGAACAGGAAAGCCCAGUGAAGGGAAAAUACAAGUUUCAAAACAGAGGAUAUAAGCCCCAAUUGUUCCCAUCGCCGGUUCGAGACAGCGUUUUUGACCGUGUGUUUUCGUUCAUGCGGGCAAAGGGUCUUAGCAUGCUUUGGAUCGAUAGGCAUUGCGUCAAGCAGAAGACCUGCAAAACAAAUGUUAUAUGUGCCCAUGAACGAUGCGAAGAUAAGAAGCGCGCAAUCGAGACCAUGGACUUGGUCUACAGUCUGAGCAAGCACCCUGUGGCUUUGCUUGGGAAGCCAAUCGAGUGGGAGCAUGAACUUGAUGUACUAUUUAAAAUCAUCAGCGGACAGUUCGUGAAGGAACUUGAACAAACAGAAGACGACGAAAUCUUACAGGCAUUGAGUUUACUAAGUAGGAUAACGAAAGAUCGAUGGUGGACCAGGGCCUGGACGUUCCAGGAAGACUAUCGCGGACGGCGAAAUAUGACACUACUCAUUCGACACCCUGAAUUCCUAGAAGCAAAGAAAAGGGAGUACGAAAUUUUCUCCGAUGUUCCAAACGAACUUUGUAUCGAAUCCAUACGCUUUAGCAAAGAGAUUACCGAAUUUUGCCGUGCGGUCCAGGAUAAAACACCACGACGGGAAGAUGUAUCACAUCAUACAAAGUAUAUCCUUGGAGCCGCAGGGAACUAUAAAAUCUUAUUGAAAAGUUCGAUGCCUAUGACCCCAAAAGUCAUUGCCGACAUCCAAAGGCGAGGACUGGACGAUGCUUGGGAUAAGUUGGCAAUCAUCGCUAAUUGCUGCCAGUACAGCAUUCGAAUAGACCAUAAGCAGAUGCAAAAGCCAAAGAGCCUCAGUAUAUCGAUACUAGCGAUGUAUCUUCUUAAUGGAGAGAUUCUUUUAAAUGAAUCACGAAAGGAUUCCUCCUUCAUGCUUGAUAAGACCUUAUCCCAAUUCCUGGAGGAUCAAGCAUUUAAAGAGUUUUAUGCUCCCGAGGGCGAACGCGAUCUCACUUUCAAUAAGGGAUGUCGAUUUAUCGACAUUGAGUUCACGCCUAAGGGUAUCAAGACGGAAGGGCAUCUUUGGAAACUUGGUAGGAUCAUAGAUCCUGCAAGUUUUCUUCUUCCAUUGCCCGAGGCUAAAAACAAACCCUACUCUGUUACCCAGGAUGAACAGCGGUGCCUCGCUCACCUUGCAGCUGAACUGAGACGCUUGCAUGAGACAACUCUUGCCAUGCAUAUUGAAAGAUUCCUGAGCUAUGAUCCUACCAGACAGGAAGAUAAUCUCAAAAAAGAGACUUUUUCUAGGUCAUAUAUGCGCCUUAUGGCAAAAGAGCUAGUCAAGGCGAUCAAGAAAGGCAAAUUGCUUCGAUUAGGACGAAUUUGGAACUUCCAGGAAAAGCCAAACCCAUGCUCUGCUAUAUUUAUCUGGAACGCUGAUGCCAAUAUCAAUAACAAAAGAGGCCGAAAACCAGAGUGGAAGUUUGCAUUUACCGCUUCGAGACCUCUGAAACGCGGUUUCCAGCAGCAUGGUACCAAUGAUCUAGACCACCACGUGUCACUCGAAGUUAAAUGGCCAUCCUCAUGGAAUCAUUCUCCUAGUGAACUUCCUCAACUUCUCGUCAGAAGCUGGAUUGUUGGAUUGUGUUUUUUCUAUGAUUUCCCAAGGACAAGUGUUAUUUUCUCAUGGCCUUCCUCAUUCAAUACAGUCAUUCAUUGAUUGAGUCUCCUAUGUUUUAAAUCAUCACCAGUUGUGAAAGAAAUUCACGCCAAUAGCUUCUUGCAGAAUAAGUUAAGAGAACGCAGUAGCAGAGAAGAGCUCUGAAACUCUAUUAAUAUGG